AUGAACAGGCAAGUUAUUACAGAAUUAGUGGACAUUGUUUUAUACUUGGCACGUCACAACCUUGCUUUUAGAGGACAUACAGAUACAGGGAUCCCUAAUACUCAAAAUGGUAAUUUCAAGGAUCUAGUAAUUUUAAUGGCAAAAAACUCUAUUCCGUUGUCAGAACACAUACACAAAAUUGAAAGUUCAGGAAAAAAAGAAUACUCUUUUUUGACUUGGCAACGUCAAAAUCAACUUAUUGAAUCUAUUUCAGAAGAAAUUUCAUUGCAAAUUCAAUUAGCCAUAAAAAAAUCUCAUAUGUUCAGUGUAUCUAUAGAUUCAACAUUUGAUGCAUCAAGAAAAGAACAAGUGUCUUUUGUGGUUCGGUACGUUGAUGAUUCGUUAGGAGAUGUUUUUGAAAGAGUUAUUGCAGUAAAAGAAUCUCCAGCUACAAAAGAACUUGUCGGUCAAUCCUAUGAUGGUGCAAGUAAUAUGUCCGGAAACUAUAAAGGUCUUCAAGCCCGCAUUAAACAAGAAAAUCCUCGAGCAUUGUUUGUUUGGUGCCAUUCACACCGUUUAGCACUUAUAAUCAAACAGGCCGUUUCAUCAGACUCCAAUACAAUAGAUUUAUUUGGAUAUUUAGAAUCUUUAUAUGUCUUUAUUUGGUGCUCCAAAAAAAGAGCUGCUUUAUUUCGAGAAAACCAAAUUGAACACUCCCAGUCUCAUGCUGUAAAGCGUGUAAGUACCACUCGUUGGAGUUCACAUUCAGCAGCUUUAAAUACUAUAUUAAAAUGUCAUGAUGCUUUGCUGAAAACUUUAAGCCAAAUUAAAGACAACGAGAAAGGUGACCCUGUAAUAAGGUCAGUUGGGGUAACUGCGACGUGGCAUUGUAAAGUUCAUCUUUGGCAACUUAUUUUCACUGUAAUAUUUAAUCAAAGAAUAUAA